CAUUACCACUCACUCUCAAUUCCCAAACACUCUCGCCAAAAUCUGAAAUAUUGUCGUCGCCAACAUCUCCUUCCCUGCGUUCUUGGUGUGAGCGGGGCAACAACAGUUUUAGUUUUCCAGUUGCAAUCUGAAAAAAGAUGGCGAUGGCAAGUGGAAUGAGGACCCCAACGGUAAAGCGAUUCUAGUGAGUCCCGUCAGGGGACAUAAAACCCUAAUAAAGGGAACCAGGGGGUAUGUUGAUUACCUCCUGAUCAUGUCAUGAGGGAUGCUCCAACACUUAG